AUGUUGACAUUACAAUUUGGUCAGUGUGGGAAUCAAAUAGGUAAUAAAUUAUAUACAAAAAUAAUUGAAGAUAUUAAAAUAACACGUACUAGUGACUCAUCAGUAAAAAACCAGGACUAUGUUGAAGAUUCAAAAACAAAAUGGUUUGGGUCAUCAAAAUCAGGAGGUAUAUUUGCACGUGCUGUUUUAAUAGAUACUGAAAAUAAAGUUAUAAACAAAAUAAAAAAACAAAAACAAGAUCCUUGGAGUUAUCGUAGCAAUAAUAUUAUAAGCGGAGAUUCAUCAUCAGGUGGAUCUGCUAAUAACUGGGCUUAUGGGUACGUUAAAAAAGGCCCGGAGUUUGAAGAGUCUGUUCAUGAAUCAAUAAGAAAUGAACUAGAACUCACAGAUAAAGUUGAUACAUUUUUUUGUCUGUCUGGUUGUGCUGGUGGUACUGGAUCUGGACUCGGCAGUUAUAUAACGCAAUCAGUGAGAGAUGAGUAUCAAAAAAAAAAUAUUUUAUCUGUUCUUUUGUUGCCUUUUGGGUCUGGCGAAAUAGCAACACAAAAUUAUAAUACUCUACUGAGUUUGGCUAAAAUUAUUGAUAGCGCCGACAUGUUAAUUGUAAUGGAAAAUGAUAAAUUAAAUAGUGAAUUAACUAAAUCAGUUAAUUUAAAAUCACAUACUGUAAAUUUUCCAAAUGACGUCAAUGAUGUCGCUUGUCAAAAAUUAUUGUCAGUAUUACAAUCAGCUAAUGAUGUUGAAAAUAAUUUAACAAAUGAUGUCAAUUACAUGGUAUCUAAACUUGUACCUCAUCCAGCUUAUAAAUUUACAAAUAUUGAAACAAUACCAUUAACACUACCAUCAAAUAAUACCAAUAAUCUAUUGGAUAAAUCAUUGUGGAGUGUACAGAAGGAUACGAUUAAUUGGCAAACACAAUUUAAAUACUUAAGACGUAAUUUGUUAUCCAGCAGUAGUUUAAAUGAAGGAAAUAAAUUCCGUUCAUUGGCAAAUAUAUUGAUGACACGUGGAUUUAAUAAUGAUAAAGUUAAAGUAAAUAAUAAACUAGUUUACAAUCAACGCGAUGAUCCGUUUGAUUGUGAUGAGCUGAUUAAAAAUGAUAUUUAUGCGAAAUUAAAGUGGAUGACGUCUUAUGAUAAACUGCGACAUUUUCAUCAAAAUCGUAGAUUUCUUAAUUAUGACAAAUUGUCAUCUUUGAUAACAAACAAUUCGUCUAUAAAUAAAUCGCUUGAUAGUAUUGUUGACAAAGCCUGGAAUUCUUAUACAUACGGAGCAUUUUUACAUCAAUACAGAAAAUUUGAAUUAGAAGAUGAUGAUUUUUUGAGCGCGUUUACUAAAAUCGAAGCUGUGAUUUCUUCUUACAAUGAAUUAGAAAGAUAA